AUGAUGCUCCUUGCUCCAAAACUGGUUGGCCAUCGAGACAUGGUAGGAGAGUGACGCACACAUGCACAAAGUGAGUCUUUCGCCACUUGAGCCUAGCUUGUGGCUCCCUGGUCUAGGUCUACUCACUCCACUAUAGUGCCCCUUUGGGGCAACUGUCAAGUGUCAACUUGCUAAUGGGAGGUAUAUUUUUAUAUUUUAUAUUUUUAUACUUAUGCAAACUAUUUUAACUUCAAACCUCUAAAAUUAACAAUAUAUCCUAUAUUUAUUCUAUAAGUUAAAAAAUAAAAAUAACUAAUUAAAACACAAAAAUCUAACUUUAACAAAUACCCCCAACUUCAAAUUUUGCUAGUCCCUAGUAAUAAGCAAAAGACUCACAAAGUUAAAGCUAUUUAUUAAUUCUUUUAUAUGAAUCAUUUAUUUUCUCAUUUUUCCACUAGAGAUGACAUUCAAAUAAAUAUUCAAAUAUUCAUGUGAUUCGAAAUAGUUUCCUACAAGAUCAAAAUUAAAAAAUAUUUCCAUAUACAACUAAACUAUUUCAAAAAAUAUUCAUCUUGACUUUCAUUCUCUUCAAUGCAUGAAAUUCAACAUCUUUCAUUUUAGAAAAUCACUAAUUAAAUGAUCAAAAGUUUACUCAAGUUUUCAAACUAUCUUCAGCCUUCUCUUCUAAAUUCACGCACCCAAGUAGCAUAUUCCAUUUGUCUUUUUUUAUUAUUAUUAUAAACAUCAUAGAUAGGCAGUUUUCCCCAUAUAGCUUCUUUUUCAUAUCUAAAUCUCACAUGUGGAAAGCCUCCACCUGAUAAAUGGGAAAUCCCCAUAGAAGCAUUUGCACUCACUUUUUUUUAUUAUUCUUGUCCUAGUCUCACAUAUAGAAAAGUGUCUAUGGAACAAGGGAAAAAUCCCUAUAUAUAUAUAUAUAUAUAUAUUUUGUGAGUUGGGUCUUACAUUCUAUCAUAUCAUGAUUUUUCUUCUUCUAUAUAUAUAUAAGACAAAUGGUCAACUACCUAGGAUUCCUCAUACUAAGAAUGUCUAACUUUUAAUAAUUUUUAUACAAUUUCAAUCUUAUCACAUCCAACUUCAUGAUUCAUACUAAUUCAAAAUGCAAAUUUAUAACAUCUGGCUCGUGAUCAUCAAGAUAUAAUCUAAAAAUACUACAUUUUUUUCUAUCACUUAAAGUCACUAAAUCUAACACACUUUAACCUUCAUACUUAAAUGAAUUUACCAUCUUAUAGAAAAAACGUAGAAAUCCAUAAAUUCCUCAAUACUAGUUUUAAAUUUUCUUUCUAUGCUAAUUACUCAUGAAAAAAAUCUAACUAAAGUUUCUUUACUCUCCUCAAUUAAAAUCAAAAUUGUCCUCAAUGAUAUGAAAUCUAUUAUCAAAUUAAAAUGUGAAACAAAAUAUAUAUACUCAUAAAUCAGCAAGUAUAACAUGUAAAACAUAAAUGUAUGAUGUAAAAUUAAAAUGAAAUAAGGAGCAACUAAAUUCUAAAUUUAUUAAAUAUAAAAAAUCUAUGAAAAUAAAAUUAUUGGCUUGCCUCCCAAUUAGUGCUAAGUUUAACAUCUUCAGCCAGACACAAGUCUAUCGUGAUUUCAUUAAUGUUAUGUCAUCAUCUAAUACCUCUUUCCUAGAAUAUUUUUGACCUAAUGCAUGAACAUGGUAUAGAAAAAUUAAUUGAUCAACUUGAUGAGCAUAAUUCAAUUCCUCUAAGUAAGAAUCAAUUUAAUUAAUAUCUUCAUAAAUAUCAUCUUCAUUUUUAAAAAAUCUUAAACUUCUAGAAAUAUUUAAAGAGAUAUUUUGACCUUCAUAUUUCAUAUUUAUAAUCACAUCUUUUCAAUCAAUAUUUGCCUUUUCUAUAUCAAGAAAUGGGUGUCCUAAUAUGAUUGGUGCAUGAGUAAGAUGAUCUAAAAUAGAAAUAUCUAAAAUCAGAAAAUCCACUAAAAAUCUACAUCCUUUAACAUGGAUAAUGACAUGUUCUAGGAGACCCCUAGGUGUUUUAAUAGAUCUAUCAUCUAGCUGAAGUUCCAUGAUAAGUCUUCAUUAUCAUGAGUUAAUAAUCAGUAAAUAAUAUAGUUUUAGCCUUAACUCAUGAUAAAUAGACUUAUAUUUGUGUUAAAGCAUGAAAAGUGGUUUUCAGUUGAUUAACGUGAAUUUUUGGGUAAUUAUGUGAUUUUAUACGAUUUUUACAGUCUUAGUUUUGAGAUAAAUGAAGAACAAGAAAUAAAAAUAAAAAUAUUGCAAAAUGGGGGAUCCGCCGGCCAGCCGGGCCCGCAAGCGGGUCGGAAGCGCAGUCGGGGAGUAGCCGCGAGCAGGGGCUCGAGCGGCUUGGUUGGAUCGGUAGGGGCACGUGUGCGCCACUCCCCUUUCACGUCACCGGUGGCCAGCCGGCUGUGGGGCAAGGAGUGGUCGUACACGCGAGAGGACUUUGCCUACAAAGCUAA